AGAACCUUAUUCCUAGGAAACGCCAGAGGUCAUAACCAGGCCAACAAGAAAUGGUUUGUGCCACGUGGAAGGUGAUUGUUUCAUUGAUCCUGUUCAUGGUCAGCCCUGGUGAUGGACUGUUUCACUCCAUAUACCGAAGUAUUCUCGUUUCCCAGUCAUUCAAGGGGAAUGCAGGAAAGCCUCUAUUUCUUAGCCCCUACAUCAAAACUGGAAAGAUCAAGGAGGGGCAAAGGAAGAGUAUGGUCAGUCCUUUCCCUGGGAUGUAUGACAAGAGUUAUGCCGGCUACAUCACGGUGAACCAGACUUACAACAGCAACCUCUUCUUCUGGUUCUUUCCGGCUCGGAUACAGCCUGAAGAUGCCCCAGUAGUCCUCUGGCUUCAGGGUGGUCCUGGAGGCUCAUCCAUGUUUGGACUCUUUGUAGAACACGGGCCUUAUAUUAUCACGAGUAACAUGACUGUUCUCGCCAGAGACUUCCCUUGGACCUUCACCUUUUCCAUGCUUUACAUCGAUAAUCCGGUGGGUACAGGCUUCAGCUUCACUGAUCAUUUCCGGGGAUACGCCAGCAACGAGGACGAUGUAGCUCAAGACUUGUACAGCGCGCUGAUUCAGUUUUUCAAGUUAUUUCCUGAGUACUCGAAGAAUGACUUCUAUGUCACUGGCGAGUCUUAUGCAGGGAAAUACGUUCCGGCCAUAGCAUACUAUAUCCACUCUCUCAACCCCAGGCGGGAGUUCAAGAUCCACCUGAAAGGAAUUGCCAUUGGAGACGCAUAUACUGAUCCUGAAUCGAUUAUAGGAGGGUAUGCGGCAUUCCUAUAUGAAAUUGGCUUGUUGGAUGAACAGCAGCGAAAGCACUUCCAGAGGCAGUGUAGCAAGUGCAUAAGAUACAUCAAAGAGCAGGAGUGGAUGAAGGCCCUUGAAAUCCUGGACAAGCUGUUGGAUGGAGAUAUAACAACUGGUCCAUCUUUCUUCCAGAAUGUGACAGGAUGCACCAAUUACUACAACAUUUUACAGUGCACGGAACCUGAGGACCAAACUUACUUUGCAAAAUUCUUGUCGCUCCCACAAGUGAGACAAGCCAUCCACGUGGGAAACCAGAACUUCAGUGACGGUGCUGUGGUUGAGAGGUACCUGCGAGAGGACACGGUGAAGUCAGUGAAACCCUGGCUAACUGAGAUCAUGAACUACUACAAGGUUCUCAUCUACAAUGGCCAACUGGACAUCAUCGUGGCAGCUUCCCUGACAGAACGCUCCUUGAUGACCAUGGACUGGAAGGGAUCCCGAGCAUACAAAAGGACACGUAGAAAGGUCUGGAAGAUCUUCAAAUCUGACAAUGAAGUGGCAGGUUAUGUGCGGCGCGUGGGUAAAUUCCACCAGGUAAUCGUCCGAGGUGGAGGACACAUUUUGCCCUAUGACCAGCCAAUGAGAUCUUUUGAUAUGAUCAAUCGUUUCAUCUAUGACAGAGGAUGGGAACCUUAUAAUUCAUAAGCUACAUUCCAGAAACAGGAGUCUUAAUCACAAAAGAAUGUUGUUUUAAGAAAACCAAAGAUGUCAUGUAAAUUAAAAAUGCCUUUAAAAAAAAUAUUUUCAAGGUACUUUUUAACCAAUAAAAGUUUCCCUGAAAC